GGCCGGGAGAUCGCUCGCGGGGUGGAUGAUCGCGAGAGUCCACCGAGAUCCCUGCCCGAUCGUGUUCUCACUCUCGCCACCAUGUCCUCCCGCUCGCCUGCUCCUUCGCCUGUCCCUUCGCCUGCUCCGUCUGCUAGUGCAAGCACAUCCAAAGCAUCGUUGGCGCUGUCGUAUCUCGGUCUUCCCGACGACUACUCUCCCUCACCCGAUGCACAGCCCGUCGAGUUUCUGACUAAGCACUUCCGCGAGCUGCCUCCACAUCUACUUGUUCACUUCUCCGCAACAAUCACACCCAAGCAGCGCUCCGUCAUCCCUGCUAUUCGCAAUAGAAGGCUCAGAUACGUGGAAUCCAGUCCCCCAGAACUAUCUCUUGCUUCCGCGAAGGCUGCGUGGCCGACACUAUGGCCGGGAAGGGAGCCGCCAGGUCGGGAACAGGGCGAGGAAGAGCGCGAAUGGGCGGAGAAGUUCUUCAUGGGCAGCAGUCUAAAGCCACAUGUCGGCAAGCUAGGCAUGCUGCUCGGUGGCUAUGAGGAAGAACGGUCUGCUGAGUAUGUUAGGGCGCAGCGACGUGCGGCAGCGGAGGAGUUGGAUAGAGUGCCGGAGGAGGAAGAGAGUGAAGAGGAAGAAGAAGAGGAGGAGGAAGUGCCGCCGCCACCAGAAGAAGAGGACACCGGAGAAGACACGAAGGCGUGGUUCCUUCGCCGUGUCAGGGAGCGCUUGAUCUAUGGCUUACUCGAGUCCAUUGACUACGAUACAGUUGAUUGGGACGAAUCUUGGGACGGAGACAAUGACCGUGCAGCGCAAGAAGCAUGGUUUGACGAAGAAGAGGAAAGCGCUGAGACACCCCCGGACAUGGCUGCAGAAAUUGCUCGCCUUGCCGCGACGCUGCCAAACAUCCCGAGGAAGGGCGGUCAGCCCCCAACUGCAAACGGUGUUAGUCAUGUCGUGGAAGAAAUCUGAUACUUAGGACGCUCUUGGUUGUGCGGCCAUGUAUCAUUGUGCGUGUUCGAUGCCACACUGCUAAUGAUGGGAAUGGCACGCCUUUGUCAAGACAAUAGUGAUAACAGCCACUUCGAUCUCCCGACGCAAAGGAGUAGAAGGAGCCUCACUCCAGCGUGCUUAAGCGACCUAACUUUGCGACCACGUUCUGCUCCCAUUCCGCUUGGGUUAGUCGAUGUUAUCAAUCAUAGCUUCGGGCACACGGGGAUCAUCGAUCAAGUCACACAAAACAGUGAAAGG